GUGACAGAGGAGCCACUUGAUGAAGUAGAGGAAGACUCUAAUCUCUGGAACUCAUUUGAUGAAGAGGAAGAGGAGGAGGGCAUGGUGUUUUUUGUUUUAGAAGAAAGUACAGGUUACAUGGCACCCGCUCUCAGAGCACUGGCAGUUAUUCAUACUAUCAUCUCCUUUGUCUGUGUGAUUGGGUACUAUUGCUUAAAGGUCCCUCUAGUUGUAUUCAAGAGAGAAAAGGAGGUAGCUCGAAAGCUGGAAUUUGAUGGACUAUACAUAACUGAGCAGCCGUCUGAAGAUGAUAUUAAAGGACAAUGGGAUCGCCUGGUUAUAAAUACUCCGUCCUUUCCUAACAAUUACUGGGACAAAUUUGUAAAACGGAAGGUUAUUAACAAGUACGGAGACUUAUACGGAGCACAGCGCAUAGCAGAACUUUUGGGUUUGGACAAAAGUGCCCUUGAUUUUAGUCCAGUGGAAGAGAGUGAACCAGAAGAAGCAUCUCUUGUGUCAUGGUUAAGCUCCAUUGAUACAAAGUACCACAUCUGGAAGCUGGGAGUUGUUUUCACUGAUAAUUCCUUUCUGUACUUAGCUUGGUACACGACUAUGUCGAUCCUUGGGCACUACAACAACUUCUUCUUCGCUGCUCAUCUGCUGGAUAUUGCUAUGGGUUUCAAGACGCUGCGAACCAUUUUGUCUUCAGUCACUCACAAUGGCAAACAGCUGGUGCUCACUGUAGGACUCCUCGCCGUCGUGGUGUAUCUUUACACCGUUGUGGCAUUCAACUUCUUCCGCAAAUUCUACAACAAAAGUGAAGACGAAGACGAACCGGACAUGAAAUGUGAUGACAUGAUGACGUGUUACCUGUUCCACAUGUAUGUGGGUGUAAGAGCUGGUGGUGGCAUUGGAGAUGAAAUUGAGGAUCCUGCUGGAGACCCUUAUGAAAUGUAUCGAAUUGUCUUCGACAUCACGUUUUUCUUCUUUGUCAUUGUUAUCCUGCUGGCCAUCAUACAAGGUCUGAUCAUUGACGCUUUUGGUGAAUUAAGAGACCAGCAAGAACAAGUGAGAGAAGAUAUGGAGACCAAAUGUUUCAUUUGUGGAAUCGGCAAUGACUAUUUUGACACAACCCCACACGGCUUUGAAACCCAUACUUUGCAAGAACACAACUUGGCAAACUAUCUGUUCUUUUUAAUGUAUCUCAUUAACAAGGAUGAAACCGAGCACACCGGCCAGGAGUCAUUUGUGUGGAAGAUGUACCAAGAAAGAUGUUGGGAUUUUUUCCCAGCAGGGGACUGCUUCCGGAAACAGUAUGAGGAUCAACUUGGCUAA